AUGAGCGGGGAUUUUCGACGUUGGGAUGCCGCUUCACGGCUCAUUGAGUGCUCAUGCAAACGGUCAGCUCUCCUGCUCAAAUCCGGUCCAGGCACAUAUUCGGUGCUUCUGAUACACCAAGUGCAUAUCAAUUUAGAAUGA